AGGUGGCAAAAUGCUCUAAAUGUAGUCGCGAGGCUGUGUAAGUAUCAUUCUUGAGCAGAGAGGAAGCGACCAGAUUGAACCAUUGUCAACAUAGCUCUCAUUGCACAAAAAUUUCCAAGCGACUUGUAGUUAUUCUGAAAAAAUCAGAAAAAUGAAGAUCAAAGUGCUCCACCACGCCGCGGAAGGCGACCAGGGGAAGGCGAACGAGAUGACGAAAAUCCAGCGAAAUCCGGACCCCAUCCUCCACCCCUUCGCGCGCGAAAGGGAAUACCAGCGAGCUCUGAACUCCGUGAAAAUCGAAAAAAUGUUCGAGCAACCGUUUGUGAAGGCUUUAGACAAUCACUUCGACGCCGUUCGAGUCAUAAAACGGUCCAACGUGUCCGCCACGAGGCUCUAUUCCGGGGCCUGCGACGGCGAGAUCUUGCUGUGGGACCUGGGCUACAGCAAGGUGCAAAGUCGGUGGAAGGCGCACACGGGGUUUGUAAGGGGGAUUAUCGAGGAGCCGAAUCUGAAUUCCAUGAACUCCAUUUUCACCUGCGGAGACGAUAAGUGCAUCCACUGGUGGGACUUGAACCAGUUGAACGGCUCAAAUUUGGAGAACGAAGCCGAAGCAACGUCCAGUGCUUUCGCGAGUAAACAGCACGCUCUGAACACGAGUAACUACAAUGUGGACAAGACGAGUGCGAAUCAAAUUCUGCCCAAGCACACCUACCGCACGACCAGUCCUAUUACUAGUAUUGAUCACCACUGGUCAAAACCAAUGCUAAUCUCAACUGGAGAAACCGUGGAUGUGUGGGACAGAAAUCGCUCCCAACCGGUGUCCAGCAUAGAAUGGGGCUGCGAACAGGUUUUCACCGCGAAAUUUAACCCGGCAGAGCCCUGCUUAAUCGCGGCAACCGCGGCGGACAACAGCAUUUCACUCUACGAUCUCAGGCAAAGCACGCAGCAAGGAGCGAUAAGAAAGGUAUUUUGUUCGGAAGAUGUGAUAAUUUCAGGUUUUCAGAAGAUCAGAAGAGAGUCGCUUCUGGCAGAAUCUUAUGUAUGGAUGCAAGAAUUCCAAAGAAAGAUUUAUUUCAGCACUGGUAUUUAUUUGCGCACAUAAUUUAUGGUUGCGGUUUUCAUCAUUUUCCAUAAAAUCCAUCCAUUUUCAUCUUGUAUCAGGUCCUCCUGAAAAACCGUUCCAACGCCCUUUGUUGGAACCCGCAAGAGCCCACCCACUUCACGGCGGCGAACGAAAACGGCCAUCUUUACAGCUUCGACAUGCGAAAACUGACUCACGCUUUGACCGUCCACCAGGACCACCAGAUGCCCGUCCUCGACAUUGACUUCGCCCCGAACGGGCAGGAAUUUGUGUCCGCAAGUUAUGACAAAACCAUCCGAGUUUGGAGUAGAGACGGGCAAAAAUCCAAGCACUGCUACCACACGAAACGGAUGCAGAGAGUUCUCACCUGUCAGUUCUCCACGGACGGCAGAUUCGUUUUCUCCGGCUCUGAGGACCACAACGUGCGGAUCUGGAAGGCGAAUGCAAGCGAGAAGCUGGGCACUGUGUCCGAACGAGAAAAGAAGUCGAUCUACUACAAGCAGAAACUAGUGGAGAAGUUCUCGGCGUGCAGGGAGAUUUCGAAGAUUAAGAAGUUCCAGCGGUUACCCAAACAGAUGAAAAACAACAUGGAGAAGCAAAAGAUCAUGAAGGACGCGAAGAAGCGAAAGGACGAAAACAGGAGGGCACAUUCCGCGGUCGGGUCCGUGCCGUUCGAGUCGGAAAGGAACAAAUUCGUGCGGGGAGAGUUGGAGUGAAAUGCUGCCUGUACGUAGUAUUUUUGUGCCUCAAAGAACUCUGCUUCAACAACGACAAUUUCUCCAACAGCGCAUCGGAUCAUCUUCCCUACUAGUGUGCUUUCAUCUCUUCAUGCAGACACGGAAUGCUUCAUGCUGAUGCUGAUGUAUGACUUUAUUUACACCGCAU